CACGUCUUCGCCACCGACAUGACGUGUCGAUACUUUACUGUCUUCCCCUUUAUUGCUCUGGUGAUCUGCGGACACCUGCUCAACGCUGAAUCCCAGCCAGAAAUACCUGAUUUCUUGAAGAUCUGUCACAAGAGUGACCCCAAUCUUAACGAAUGCAUACGGUCCAGUGUCGAGGCCCUCAGGCCCUACCUCAGGGAAGGUAUUCCGCUCCUGAAUAUUCCUGCUUGCGAGCCUCUGCACGUUCCCCAGGUCGAGAUCAGCCAGGGCAGUGGACCCGUGGCAGUGAAAUCUACGUACACUGAUAUACAGGUCCGCGGUGCCACCGACUUUCUGCUCAAGGCCGUAAAAGUUGAUCUCGAGAAGGAACGCACAAAGCUGAAGCUCUUUUUACCACGACUGGAGAUGGUCGCGAAUUACACGAUGGAUGGGAGGAUUUUGAUGUUGCCAAUAACCGGGGAAGGCAAAGGCUAUGGAAACUACACGGACAUUAAUGCGAUCGUCACAACCCAGGGAGAAGAUUACGCGAAUCCAAAGGACGGCAACAAAACCUACUUCCGGGUUACCGAUUUUUUCGUAGAUUUCAAUGUCGGCCACGCCACUAUUCAACUUGACAACCUCUUCAACGGGGACGAGACCCUCGCUGACGCGAUGAACGUAUUUUUAAACGACAACUGGAAGACCGUUGCAGCCGAAAUGAAACCGGCGUUGGAAGACACCGUCGCCAACCUCUUUAUGGAUUUUGCUAACAGAAUUUACGCCAAGUUUCCGAAGGAUAUUUUGUUUCCUAAUUGAUUACAGGACAAUUGUCACUCUAGUUGUUACAAAUCUUCAUUUGUAUUGGUACUUAUAUUAUACGUUAUGCGAGUAAAGUAGAGAUCAAAUUAAGAUAAGAGGACAAAUUUAUGCAUGUCGGAUGAAGACAAAUUGGCAAACAUUUGAGUAUAAGCUUGAUGUAUAAAUAAAAUUCACUGUAG